CUGCGUUAGUCGCUAUAUAGUCUUGUAGGAAUCGUCGACAUCAAGUUCGACAUCUGUUCACGAAUCUUGUGUAAGCGUGCGCGUGCGUGUAUUUGUAUGAACCAUACGUGCAAGAAAGAAGAGAAACAGAUAAAGAGGCAAUAAAAAUAAAGAAAGAAAAGAACAUAGAAAGAAAUCAAGAAAAGAAGUGGAUAAAGUGUUCUUACGCGGGUUGUCCGUGCGAUUUAUGCAAAAUCUCGUGCAUAACGUGGAUGUAUUGACACAAGGAUUAAAAUACAGUAUAUCAGGACUAAUGAACCUCGCAAAUCAAAGUAGUGAUCCUCAAAGUCGUGUUUUCUUUGUUAACUUUAAUCAGGAUUGCACAUCUUUGGCAGUGGGAUCAAAAGCAGGCUAUAAACUUUUUUCUUUAAACUCUAUUGACCAUCUCGAAAAAAUAUAUGAAAAUGAUGCAGAAGACAUAUAUAUUGUCGAACGACUAUUCAGCAGCAGUCUUGUGGCGGUAGUUAGUUUAAGAUCACCUCGUAAACUCAAAGUUUGUCACUUCAGAAAAGGCACCGAAAUUUGUCAUUACAGUUAUUCCAAUACUAUUUUGGCUGUAAAAUUAAAUAGAGCAAGAUUAGUAGUAUGUCUAGAAGAGUCGUUAUAUAUUCACAACAUAAGAGACAUGAAAGUCCUACAUACAAUUCGAGAUACCCCGCCAAAUUUAUCUGGUUUAUGUACAUUGUCAAUAAAUAGCGACAACUGUUAUUUGGCUUAUCCAGGCUCAAAUACAAUCGGCGAAGUGCAAAUAUUUGAUGCAAUUAACCUCCAAGCCAAAACCAUGAUACCAGCACAUGAUAGUCCUUUAGCUGCUUUGGCAUUUAGUCCCAAUGGUACCAAAGUGGCUACUGCCUCAGAAAAAGGGACUGUUAUCCGAGUUUUCAAUGUAAAUGAUGGUACGAAACUGUUUGAGUUUCGUCGUGGAGUGAAACGAUGUGUAUCGAUAAGCAGUCUUGCAUUUAGUAUUGACUGCAUGUUUCUGUGUUGCUCGAGCAAUACAGAAACCGUACAUAUAUUUAAAUUAGAAGAGCCAAAAGAAGCAUUGCGACAAACCACAGAAGAGACGCAGGGUUGGAUGGGAUAUUUAACGAAGGCUGUAUCUGCGUCAGCCAAUUACCUACCCUCGCAGGUUACUGAUGUUUUUACUCAAGGACGUGCCUUUGCCAGUGUCCACUUACCUUUUCAAGGACUAAAAAAUGUUUGUGCCAUCACAAUUAUACACAAAGUACUUAGGUUGCUUGUAGCCAGUGCUGAGGGUUAUUUAUAUGUUUAUAACUUGGACUCGACCGAAGGUGGAGAUUGUACCUUAUUAAAACAGCAUAGAUUAGACGGAAAACAAGAUGAUGUGGACUGUGCUAAUGCAUCUACAGCAGGCUCUACGGCAUCUGGAGAAUCUGGAACAAGAAUAGUACAAAAUACAGCCUGCAUAAAUAGCUACGCGGGUGUGUUGCGCGGUCGGUCGCCAGACUCCAUGUCAGAAUCAGAGAAGUAUCAUGAAAUGAUAGCAGCAACUGAGAGUCCACCAGGCUUUUCGGGUUCCUUCCGUUUGAAAGAUGACGCUGAAUUUCCACCUGUUACGCAAAGGACGGAUUGAGUGUAAUAUCAAUUCAAUUCAGGCAUAUCAAAAUUUACGGAAGAAGACGAAUUGUAUCUAACAGUGAUUGAAAUUAGAACACUGAGUACAGGUCAAACUAUGAUUGCGGAUUCAGAAAAGCAACAAAUUCUUUUUUAACGAAAAUAUAAA